CUGGUGGGAUGUAAGGUUCUUCUGGACAGCGGUCAAUACUCGCGUCGUCACGAUAGGGUUAUUGAGAUCAUACGUGAAGCGGUUAGUCUCUCGGUAGCCAGAGCGCAAAGGGAAAUAACCACAAACGAGCGAUCAAUAGGUUUUGUGAGAGAGGGCACUAGGGCUAUAAAAUCAAACGUCAAGCCUUACUCUAUCCUUAAAGCGGCUUCGGAUUGGAAUAUCAUGAUGGAUACGUAUGAGAAACAAUACAAAAUCCCCGAGGAUAUUUGUGCGUCGGCCUCCAGAUCAGACUUAUUUCUAUAUUCGCGUAUUUUAAAGCGCGUUGUGAUGAUAGAGCUUACGUUGCCUUGGGAAACCAACAUCCCCAAAGACCAUACCAUCAAAGUCAAUAAGUAUUACGAGCUCACUAACGAACUAACUCGAAAUAGGUUCGUCGUUGAUUUGUACGCGGUAGAGGUGGGAGCGAGAGGUAUAACAGCUAAAUCUCUCUAUAACCUACUAAAAGACUUGGGCCUGUCCAGAACUAACAUUAAUUCAUUCUUGGAACGUACGUCGAAGGCAGCCCUAGUAGGUUCUUUUCAAAUUUGGUUAGGUAGAGAGAGGAGCUUGGACAGUGGAGGUGAGCGUAUAACGCGCGUUAGUUAA